AUCAAUUUGUAAUGUCAAAUAUAUAGAAGUUUUAUUAUUUAUAUUUUGAGAUUAUUUUAUGUCAAUUGAUCCAUUUGAUAAACCAUAUUAAUACACUGUAAACACAUUUAUUAAUAUUUCAACGUGGUGAUUGUAUUUAAAUUCAAUUGCAAUAAUAAUUGUUUAAAUUUUUAUUUGACAAGUUUCCACUGCUAAUGUGUACCGUUUUCUAUAUUAUACUGAAACUCAUUUCUAUAUAAAAUGAUAUUUUUCUCAUUGAUAGAUAAAGAAGUAAAAAACUAAGAUCAUUGAUAUCACUUUGAUUUCGUUUAUAAUGAUGUUUGGAAGAUUUUUCAAGCCGUACAUUGAUAUCUGUUUUCAAUAGGACAAAACUGGAAAUAUUUGCUUUUAUAUUAUUUAUAUUAUCCACUUUAUCUUUUGUGGGUAUGAAUAUAUAUUCGAGGAUAGAAACAGAUGAACAACAACUUAUAAACUUCAAUCGAAUAAACUUAUUGGAAAAAUUACUGUCAUGGACAAUGCAUCAAAAUAUGGACACAGAUAUAAAUAUAAAUAUUGAUUACAAACAACAAUCUAAUAAUUCCACAGAAAAAUUUGUUGUAUGCUAUUACACAGUACCUAACAACUGGAGUACAACAUGGAGUCUUCUUCCCAAGCAAAUAGAUCCACAUAUUUGUACUCAUAUUAUAAUUGGAUUUGCAAGUAUCGCAAAUUGUAGUGUUGAUAUGGGUGAUGAUGAGUGGGCUUAUAAAGAAGUUGUAAAUAUCAAGAACUUUAAUCCAAACUUAAAAGUUAUGAUUAGUAUAGGAGGUGGUAAUGAUGAUGGAAUGAAUUCUGAGUUUUCAAAUAUGAUUAAAAACCAUACAAAUCGAAAACAAUUUAUAAGAUCUGUGUUAAAUGUAACAAUGAAAUUAAAUCUCGAUGGAUUAGAUCUCGAUUGGGAAUUUCCAACGUGGUCGUCUGGAAAAGAAAUAGAAAAAAUACAUUUUGCACAGUUAAUUGAAGAAUUAAGAAAGGAAUUUGAUCGGAGUAAUAGAAAAUUAAUUUUAUCUGUAGCAGUGGGAGCUCCACAAGCAAUCAUAGAUCAGUGCUAUAUUGUUCCUAAUAUGGCGGAGCACGUUGAUUUUAUAAAUCUUAUGUCGUACGACUAUCAUUUUUUUGUGAAGUAUUUUCCUGUAACUGAUUUCAAUGCUCCAUUGUAUCCGAACAAUAUGGAAUUGGGAUAUUUAUCUAAACUUAAUGUAAACUUCUCUGCACAUUAUUGGAUAACGAAAAAAAUGCCAAGAGAUAAAAUCGUCGUCGGUAUACCAAUGUAUGGACAUUCGUAUAAAUUAGAUAAUCCUUUGAAUCACAAUUUAUUAGCACCAGCUACAGGAUUUGGACAAUUAGGUUCUAAUGGUUUUGUAUCAUAUUCAACUAUUUGUCAAUUUCUGGAUAGCGGAGCAAUUAGCGUGUUUGAAAAUACGAGCAAAGUACCAUAUGCUUACAAAGAUUAUGAAUGGAUAUCGUACGAUGAUAAUCAAAGUAUUUAUUACAAGACUAAGUGGAUACUUGACAACGAUUUUAAAGGUGCCAUGGUAUUUUCACUUAACGUCGACGAUUGGAAAAAUAAAUGUAAUGCAAAUGAAACCUUUCCAUUGACGCGUGCUGUAACAAAAAUAUUAAGAGGAAAGUAAAAGGACAUACAUAAGAAAUAAAAAAAU